AUGGAAUCCGCCGACGAGUCUGCAUCUCCUCACCAGAAUAUGGCUCAUGAAAACUACCGUGCUAUGGAAUCUCAGCUCGUAAAUGCGCCCUUGCACCAGGCGGCCCUCCACGGAAGCGCCCAGCGCCUGCACGAGCUGAUUGACGACGGCGCCGACAUCAAUGCAAGAGUGUCUGCUCGGGAGCUGACGGCGCUCCACAUUGCAGUGCAGUGGGAUGAUGAAGAGACUGCAAAGCUGCUCGUCGAGGCUGGAGCGAACGUUUCUGCGCCAACGUUUGAUGGUGUAACCCCGUUGCAUAACGCUGCUGCAGCAGGGUCGGUGUCUCUGGCUACCCUGCUUCUUGAGGCUGGAGCAAACCCGAACGCUCGCAACAUUGAUCACGAGACGCCGCUACACGUUGUAGCUCUGUUCGGGAAUGACCGGCUGGCAGAGCUUCUCGUUGAGGCUGGAGCAGAUGUGACAGCCGGAGAUUGCUACGGCAACACACCGCUGCAUAUUGCCGCCGCUCAUGAGUUUCUUGACAUGGCACGAUUGUUCCUCGAAGGGGGAGCUGAUGUCAAUGCCCGCAACAACAAUGGAGACCCGGUGCUGCAUCAUGCAAUGGCAGACAGGCCUGCUUCGGUCACGCUGCUACUCGACAACGGCGCCGACCCCUUGGCGACGGGCGAGGGAGGCGGAACAGCCUUGCAUCGCGCGGUUCAGAGUUGCCCCGCGAUAGUUCCGCGUUUGCUUGAUGCUGGGGCCGACAUCCGGUCGACCAGCACUGAUGGAGCGACACCCCUUCACGUUGCCGCGGCGUGGGGGCGAACGGGGGGCAAGCAGCAGGUAGAGCGUCUUGUGGCUGCCGGCGCCGAUAUCCAUGCGCUAGAUAACAGCGGAGCAACCCCUCUUCACUAUGCGGCAGCAGCAUGGGGCAGUAGCGAACGACUGCGAGCUCUGCUCGAAGCUGGUGCCAAUGUCAGCGCAACGACCAACGACGGGGAGUCUGCCUUGUAUUGUACGUUGGGACACCCGUCUACCGCUUUUCAAUGUCAUGACAAGGACCUAGAGGAGAAGAUUACAGUGCUAAUCGAUGCCGGCGCGGAUGUCAACACUAGAACAACAUAUGGGCAGACGUUACUUGGUCGGGCACAGGAAAUGGACAAUCGUAUUGUGAUGCAAGCACUCGAUGGGAGAGGGGCCAUCCAGUAG